AUGAGCAACAACGUCAGGCACACCAACGACGCCGACGCCAAGGCUGCCGCCCUGCAAGCAGAAUUAGAGCAGGUUAACCGACGCAUGGCGGAGCUGCGGGAGCAGGCCGCCCGCAAGCAGACGGAGGCGGAGGAGAGACGCCGGGCUAGGGCGGCAGCCAACCGCGCUCUAAAGGAGCGCCUUGACCAGGAGCGUCGGCAGAUGGAAGAGCUGCAGAGAACGUUGGCCUCACCGCCUCCGACCGCAGUGCUGUCGGCGGCCGCCAGUCCGGAGCGCAGCGCCGCUGCGAUCCUCGCCGGGAUCCCCACCGCACCCACCGCACCCACCGCUCCCACCGCUCCCACCGCUCCCACCGCACCCACCGCUCCCACCGAGCCAAUUCUUGUCCGGGAGCAAACCCCCACUAUCGAGUCCCGCCCCCCUCGCCAUGUGUCGUUUCUGGCGACCCCGGAGAGGUCCACCCGCGGGGCCAUUACCCAGGCCGGGGCCCUGGUUCCCGCCUCUGCCGGCCUAACCACUCCAACAUCGGCCGUUCUCAGCGCUCUCAGCGCGGUCAGGACCCCUCCCAGCACCUCUGCCGUCCCGAUAACGCCCUCGCGAGCGGAAUACGAAGAGACCUCCGCGAUCGCAGCGGCGGAGCGCCACAAAAAGGACAUCAUCGAACAGGCGCACCUCAUGGGGCGGUGGCGGAUGUUGAGGGACAAAGUUGUCAUUGAGAUUGGAAGGUCCUACAAUUGGGAUAAUGACACCAGAGGUGGAUGCGUUGGAGGCGAAGCUGUUCACCGUGGCGCGAAAGUCACUAUGGAAACAAUCUGGUGUCCGGGGGCGCUGGCGACCAUUGGGGCUGCAGCGGCGGCGCGGAAUGCUGCUGAUUUCUUCCAGCAGCAGUUGGAGCAAGAAGAAGAGGAGGAAGACAUCGAGGAAGAGGAGGAAUACCCGAGGGGAAGGGGGAAGAAGCCCUGCCGACACCAGUAG